CACACUUUUCUCCUCAGGCAGCCCAGCACACUCUUUCACCUCUGAUAGUCACACAGUAGAAGUCCUCAGGAAAGGCUAACUUUCCCCUUUCAUGGGCUACAAUACACUAAUAUUCCACCGAAACAGUUCAUUUUAAACAGUGUGGAGAUCCAUAUUACCCUCCACAAAACAUCAUGACGUUCUACCAUGCAGGAAGAAACUGAGUUCUGUGUGUAGUGGGCCCAAGUGCCACGACCAAUGGCUGACCCACCGCCACCACCACCACCACUUCCGCCACCACCUCCACCUCCUCCACCUCCUCCUCAACCCCCUGCACUCAACUCUGGUGGGAAUCUGCUGUCUAGAGGGUCCAGACGGAGCUCCAGGAUGCGAAACUUCAACUGGGAGGCCAUACCCCAGGACACCGUGCUGGGCAAGCAUAACAUAUGGACUGUGGAGAAGAAAAAGGAGUAUGAACUGGACACCAAGCGCAUGGAGGAACUGUUCAGCCGCAACGACCUAACUGACAAGCGUCCGGCGUCUGUGCGGCGGAGCAUAAAAGGAACCCAAAGCAAGGGCCAGAAGCUCCAAGGGCCAGAAGUGGUAUCCAUUCUGAACGCCAAGAAGAACAUGAACGUCGGCAUUUUCCUCAAGCAGUUCAGGCGGUCAGUCAAAGAACUUAUUGAGGAUAUCUGCCUUGGCAAGAGUGAAGGAUUUGGCUCAGGGAAACUGGAGGAGCUGUUAAAACUACUGCCUGAUUCUGGAGAGGUGAAAAAGCUUCUUGCUUAUAAAGGAGACUAUUCAUCCCUUUCUGAGGCUGAUCAGUUCAUGGUGCAACUUGUUAAGGUUCCAUGCUAUGAGGAACGACUGAAAAGUUUAGUUCUCAAAGAGGAAUUUCCCCAUUUUAUGGAUGAGGUGAAUCACUGCAUUGCCAUUAUGACUGCUGCUGGGAAAGAGCUCCUGGACUGUCUUGAUCUUCACUCCAUCAUCCGCCUUGUGUUAAAGACAGGAAACUACAUGAAUGCUGAUGGCUAUGCUGGCAGUGCUGUGGGCUUCCGAAUGACGUCUCUCUUGAAACUAGCCGACACGAAAGCCAACAAGCCAGGAAUGAACCUCAUGCACUAUGUUGUGAUGCAAGCACAGAAGAGCGACGCUGCUCUGCUGAAGUUUCCCGAACAACUCGCACACAUUGGAGAAGCAUCAAGAAUCCACAAACAAGACAUUGAAUCAGAAUUUCAAAGAAAAGUGAGCGAAGUCCAGGAGCUAAAAAAGAACACUGAUAAACAAAGUGACCUGGCGGAACAGAUGAAAGACUUUUUUGAGUGUGCUGAGUCCAGGAUAGCUGAAACGAAAGCUUCCUUCCAGACGCUGAAUGCACUCACCGAAUCAGUGGCUGAAUAUUUCUGUGAGGAGGCCAGUGACUUCAAACUGGACGAGUGCUGCUCCAUCUUCCACUCCUUCUGUGAAAGGUUUAAACGAGCCCUUCAGGAGAACACGGAGCGUGAUUUGGCUGAGGUCAAACGGAGACAGCGCGAGAAGCUUCAGGCUGCAACCAAACGCCGCUCCACUGCCACCUGCUCCAUGCGGGAUAAAGACAUGGAGGGGGUAGCGCUGGAAUGUGUUCUUCAGAGAUUCCUCACAAACCGUGGGUCUCACAGGCAAGGCAGGACCCCCUCACCCACCGGAAUCAAGCUGUCUGAGAUCACUUCGCAGGAAAACUGCCCUGCCAAAAACUCCAAAAAGCCCAACUGGACCUUAAAUCCAUCACAGACUUCUGUGGAUAAGGAGAAUAUGGAAGAUACAGCAUCCAAAAAGUCAGAGAGCAAAAUUUCUAGUCCCACAUGGAAAAAGCCUGCAAGCAGCACCCCUGCAGCCAACCGUGCAUCGACGACCUUGGCAGCAAGUGAGGAUGUAGACAGUCAAACUGAGGAAGAGGCGCAGAAACUGAGGGAAGUGUCCCAGAAAGUGCUGCGCUACCAGUCUAGUCGAAGCAGCAUUUCUUCAGGAGAGUAUUUUUCACCUGUCUCUUCUCCUCGCAGACGGGUGUUUCAGGAGGACAAGGAGAAAACACUGUCCAAUUCAAAUGUGGAGGAUGUCCCCAAACCUCCUGCAAGCCAAUUAGUUUUGAUCCAAAAAAGUCCAGGUAGCAUCAGUCGCCGACACUCUAUUUCCAUACCAACGAGAGCUUCACAAGGCAGUGACAGUGAAGAGGACAUGUUUGUCCCCAGCUCAGAAGUGAAUGGAUCUCCUAGAGGACAGAUUGUCUCCCUGGGAAACAUUGGAAAGAUGAGAUCUGUGGACGGCUGCCUGCUUUCCACAAAGGCAAGACUCGGAUCAGAAACCACUGGAAAUGUAUCCAAUAAUAUAUCCAAUAAUAUGCCAGCUGAUGUGCCAAAGGAGAGCUCAAAAGAAGUGAGCUCACCAGCAGUGUCGAGCAAGGUGGAAGCAAAAGAAAAGACUGAGGAGAGUUCAACCAAGAGUAAAGUUUCCCAAAAACAAACCAAAGAGAGCUCCCGAUUCAUAUCCUUCUUUAGGCGCUUGGGUGAAAAGGCCAAAACGAACAACAGAGAAGCUGAAUCCAGCAGUGUUGACCCAUAAAAUCUCCUUUUGAGAACACUAAAGUACUUUUUCUGCAGGACUGUUUGACUAACAUGAGGUGGGACACGGAUGUCAUUAGGUAAAACUCUGUGUAGACCAAAGGUGCACUAUUUUUAAAUCAAAUUUUCAAAAAAAGUGUACUAAUGUACUAAUACACAUGCAAACAGGUGGCAGCUACUGGCAACGUUUAAGUUAUUACCAUGACCUUGACGUGUCACUAAGCUGCAAUUUAACAUAUGUUCCACUGGGAUGCACUGUUUGACAGAGGUGCCUACAGCAUCUUUUCAGAGGACCACCUUAGAGGACCCAGCUUAGGGUAAAAGGGCACAGUUUCUUGUUUUUUUUUGUUUUUUUUGUUUUUUGUUUUAAUGAGGUCAACUUGUGACAUUUGCACGGGUUUAUGGACCAAACAACAGUCGCAUUUUUUACACAACCAUUUUCCAACCUAUUUAUCCCUUUAAUUUUUUAAACAGGCUGUUUUUUUACUGUGCCUUUAAGACUUACAUAUGUAAAUGACCUCUUUUCUGAUUGGCUGCCAUGUAUUGGGCCUCUUUCUGAAAACAGUCCAGUUUGAUACAUUCCCUAGGAAUGGGCCUGGCUAAUCUGCUGUAGACUGAUGAGGCUGAUAUAUGUCAAUGCAUUUGUUUUUGUGACAUCACAAAAAGCACUAAUUUAAAGGCUGCUUUUGCAGCUUAGUUUCCAUACAUGGACUGUAUGGACUAGAUAUGUUAAAACUUUCAUAAUGUUUAAAUUUUAUAUCAAAUAUAAUUUUUUUUCCAUAAUAUGUGUCCUUUAAAUUAAACGAUGAGUAGCUCCUUAUUCUCACGUACAUUUUACAGUAUAUUGGUGUGAGGAUUGGAAAGUGUCAGUAAAUAGGCAUGAAUGGCACAGUAAUACAUUACAGUCUUGGGCCACCUUCACAACUAACUGUCCAGACAGGUCAUUGUUUCCUUAUUGAACACACCAUAUAGCUUUUUGGCACUUAUGUGGAGUGUAAGUUUGAAAAGGAGCUUGAUCUCAGAACUGUUGUAAAACAGUUUCUCUGGCAUCAGGCAACAGACUCAUAACCACUUUAUAUAAUUGUUACCUCUGGUGCUGUUAUUCAAUUGCUUUCCUGCCAGCAGAGCAAAACAGGUUAUGUCAGGUUUGUAAGACAAUCUUGUAGCGUUGGGUGCCGUUACUCAGAAAGCAUGGGGUAAUUAACUUUAUUGAUGCCAACUUAAAUACCAUCUGAUACCAUGAUAUAGUGGGAAAACAUGGUGAUAUUGAAUUUUAUCAGUGCUGUCCAGUUCUAUUCAAAGCCUCCUUAAUUUUACUUUUGCCAUAGUUUCUGUUCUUUGCCUUUGUAGGGCCAGAUACCUGACGUUUGUCAGUCCAGCAGCUCCCUAAUCAUCUGCCUAAUUUCCUGCCCAUCCCUUGAAUUUAAUAGCAGAUAAAGGAGAGCUUAUCCUUGAUCAAGACAUACAGAGCUCAGUCAAGGAGAGAGUUAGCACCUGCAGAUCCCUGAUAAUGUGGUGUGAUCCGGCAUGGCCAAUGCUGCGCAUGGGUUUGCAGCCCUCUGACAGCCGGGGACCACCAGGGGGUCCCGCAGGGAGGGUGUGUGCGGGGGGUGGGUUGGCUGGAGAGAGGCAGUCUCAUAAGUAAAUAUGUGGGUCACUGUAGCUUCUACACAAUGAAUAUCUUGUUAAUCCUGUAAAAAACAACUGCAUUUGAUCAGUGAUUUUGAAUUUGUUGAUGAAAAAAUGUCCCAUGCAAAUCAAUCUGUGUUCAAUUAUUAUUUAAGAUGAACUAAAGUAAACAUGGCUCAAAGAAAGCGUUCACUUUCUUCAUUUCAAAUACAGUAUAUUGUCUACAAUUGUGUGUAUGCUGGCUAAAGAUUGUUUAAAAUUCAUCUAAUUCCGAUCUCUUCAUUUUUUCCACUGUUAUAGUACUGCAGUGUCCCCUUUUACUGGCACCUUAGCCUAAAGCACUGACAGUAUGCAGGCGCGCAUUGCUGGUCAGUCUGUGUCAUUCUCGCAAUAUCUGCUGACGUGGCCGAGGGAGACGGCCUGCUCCUGCCAUCUGGCUGGAUGCAGUCUCCAUAGCAACCGCCUUCUUCUCGCUGAAAGCCGAAGAUGUCUGUCUUUACCUCCCCCAUCCGACACUGUAAACAGUGCCUGACCCUUAGACUGUGCCGGCUCAUUACUGCUCCAGCAUUCGCCCGUUACUUUCCCUCUUCUCUUUCAUCCCUCCAUCCUUGCUCCACCCAGUGCAGUGACUCAUUGGCUCCCAGACCCCUGCAGGAAUGCAGUGGAUAAUGACUAUUACAGACAUUGGUUUUAAACUGCAUUAUAAUAAAUAGACGAUUGAAAAGAAGAUCAGGGCUCAUUUGAUUUGGUGCUUUGGAGGGUUGCACUUUGCCCAUGUCUAAAUAUCUAAAUGUGCUUCUCAGGAAUUGCCGCAACAGCUACACGUCUAAUUUACAUGAAUUACAGUAGGUAGGCAAAUAAAUAAAUAAAUAAAUAAAUAAACCACAAACAAACAA